AAUUGUUAAUUUAGUAUGAAUUUUUUUCUCAAUCUUUAAUACGAUAAGAAUUAAAAUACUCCAAAAUUGAAAAUUACGAAGACACAAAAACACAUCCAGACAAUACAUCAUUAAAACUUUCCCAUUAUAAACAUAACAGAGAUUAUUCACUCAUCUAAACAUAAAUUUAUCUUUCCAAAUACAAAGAGUGGGGGAAAAACUUCACAGUUUCAAAACAAGUAUAAAUCCCCCGCAUAGGACGGCUUGCGCUGCGUGCAGCUGUGGGAAAGAUGGUCUUUUUCCCUGCAGCGGGCACAGCGGUUUGGGUCUAUCUCUAAACAACUCUGGCACUUCAUGUUCUUCCAAGUUCUAUUGGUGUGUCCUUAGCCAAGACACAAAUGGCAGGAGGAAGGGUGACCCUGAUCGAUCGCCUUUUGCCUUGGUUAAGGUAAAAUAUGUCAGUGGGUGGCUGUACCAGUCCAUCCCCGCAGGGUCAAGACACAGGCAAGCUAAAAAGUGUCUGUGUUCAGUCCAGAUGCCUAGGAUGUUCUGGUCUUCUUCAUGUCCUCCAGGAACACUGCCAGGAUGUCCAGCGGGUUUGGCCGGGGCCUGCUGUGUGGUGGGUCUGGGGUUCGAGUCCUGCUUGUGGUACUCUGCAGUGGACUGGCACCCCGCGUCGCCAGGCUAGUCUCCGGCUCGCUGCAGGACAAGCGGCUAUAGACAUUAUGUGUGGAGGAAGGCCCUUCUAAAUACCUUGAGAACCUUGAUGCCUUCCUGAGAGGUCUGGAAGCUUACCUGACAACAAGGAUCCUGCUAUUCUCAAAUCAGCACUGACACUGAUAAUGUCCAAGUUCACACUUGCAGACUUGAAUGUGUUGCUGUUCCGCUGUGAUGUUGAAGAACAAGAGGAUGCUUUGUGCAGAGAGGGUCCACAUUUGUGAAGCUCCUGCCCCUGGGUUUGGUACAAGUGGCUGGCAUUGGCCGCUUCCCUGCCCUGCCACCCCUAUCAUCCACCCUGAGCAAUGUACCAUACCGACUUACCGCCAGCACUCAGAGGAUGGAGCAGUGCUGCAUGUCCUUGGCUGCAGGUCUGCCUCUUUUGGCUGGGAUUUUUCCUCCUGGGUCCGGGACACGUUCAUCGCUCUGCGUGGCCUGAUGCUGAUCACUGGUCGAUAUCUUGAAGCCAGGAAGAUCAUUCUGGCAUUUGCUGGCACCCUGAGGCAUGGGCUGAUCCCCAACCUUCUUAGUGAGGGUGUCUGUGCAAGGUUCAACUGCAGAGAUGCUGUGUGGUGGUGGCUGCAAUGCAUCCAGGACUUCUGCAGCAUGGUGCCUGGUGGCAUCAACAUCAUCAAGUGCCCCGUGUCAAGGAUGUACACCACAGAUGACUCAGAACCACCGCCCGCCAGUGCCUUAAUACAGACAGAGAGAAGAUGCUUUGCAGUUGCUAUAGUUUCUUAUUAGUGGUUUAGUGAAUAGGGGGUGUGUUGCUUUUUUCUAUUUUUCCCCAAUUUAACAGUUUUUCAUUCCCUGUCUUUCAGAUGAAUUUCCAAGGAUCAGCCACUAUACGAUGUUAUCCAUGAGGCCAUGCAGUGCCAUAUGCAGGGGGUAGACUUUCGAGAGAGAAAUUCUGGCCUGCAGAUAGACCGAAAUAUGAGGGAUGAAGGGAUGGAUCAGCAGUGGAGAUUGUAGGUCUUUAUAAAUCGACUCUUCAUUGGCUUGUGGAGCUUCACAAAAAGGGAGUGUUCCCCUGCUAUCACGGUCCAAAGCAAU